CCUUAAAACCUUUGAUUCAGAUGGAAAAUCAUCACGCGAGCGGACUUUACAGUUGUUUAUUCAAGCUCCUGUGUCCUCUGUCCUGCUGGUCUCUGAGUGUCUGUCCCAGAGAGAGAUGAGGGUGUCCUGCUCCUCUAAGGGAGGGGACAGUCCUCAGUACAGCUGGACUCUGGAUGGACGCACACUGACAGAUGCUGAGCUCUUUUCUGAAAAUAAUGAGACUAACAACAUCACUCUGAAACAGUACAUCUCAGGACGUCUGGUCUGCUCAGUCAGGAACAGUGUCAGUAAUGUCUCCAAAGAACAGAAGACCUGUCGCUUCAUUAACUGCACGUCAAUCAAUGGGACACAGAUAUUAGGGUGGGUGCAUGUGGACAGUAACGGCCUGUGUAUUGAACCAACAACAGAACCUACCCCAGUCACACCAACUUCUGUGGCCAAUCUGCCACUGAUCGGUGGUGUUCUCUCAGCACUGGUAUUUUUCUUACUUGUGGGUGUGGCAGUCAUCUGUGCUCAGAGGAAAAAACAAAACAACAAACCUACAAAACCAAAAGAGGAUGAAUGUGACCAAGAUGUAACCUAUGCUGAUGUCAGGAUCAUGAAGCAACAGGGGAAGCCAGCGGUGCAAACAACAGAGGCGGAGGUGGACGUGGAGUAUGGCCAAGUCAAGUUUUCGAGGCGAUCUCAGCACACUGAACCAACAGGAGAUGAUUGUAUGUAUGCAAAGGUCCAAAGAUUCCGGUGAUUUGGGUUAUUGGUGUGUUCACACAGACUGAAGGUCCAUGGAGAGAGGAGAUGAUGUCAAGAUGCCAAAAGGUCUUUUAUUUAAUUCAAUUUCCCAUCAGAAAAAUAAAAAAACCUUCAGAUUUCAUACGUAUUGAUUUUCUUUGCUUUCACUGUGAUUCUGUUAUAUAAAAGAGCAUCAGCACACUCAGACUUAGGUGACAUCUGGGUUAUCAUUUCAUAUGACGCUACACAAGCUGCGGUAGUUUUGUAGCUAUUUAACAUUUCUAAACAUAAUUAUUCAUAUUUUUCUAUUAGCUUUUAUAUUUAUAGGAUGUUGUAAUAGUUUUAAUCGUAGUUAUAAUUUAUGGAUAUGUUUUAUCUUAUUUAUUGUCUAAACACUGAUAAACUGCAUUAUUACUAUAGUUUUAACAAUACAUGAUGCACUCAUUUAUCCUAAAACGGCCAAUUUCAAUCUAAUGCCACAAAAAAAAUUCCAUUUAAUUAAAGUGUGAUUAUUAAA